GGCAGCCCUGGAAGGGACUCUAGCGUCUAGCACUCUAGAUUGGUCGUGCGUGUGAUGGAUGGCAUGUUAAGGGCUCAGCCGGAAUUAUUCCAUUCCACUGAUCUAAAAAUGUUUAGUGAAUUUUUCAUGUAAUAUUUCUGGUGGCAUUAGAUAAGUAUCUAGUUUUGUGAGCUCCUAUUUUUUUCGAGAGUCCUUGGUUUUAUUUUCUAACCUCACUUGAAGUUUAUUCGGAGGUUGCUUGCCUCAUCCAUGCCUCACCUUUCUUACCACAGAAUUUCUAAGGCUAUCCUCACAAUCCUCAUUACAUUUUCUGAAUUGUAACCUUGUAGCUUGGUUGCAGCUUCAUCUCAUUUAGCUCUAGGUUUUUUGCGGGUUGUUAUGCGCAUUAAGCGUCAUUUUACAUUGAUGCAAGCUAUUGUCGCUGCCAUCCUCGGAACAGGAGCAGGUCUAUAUGUCUGGCCCCCGGUGUUAAGUAAACAUUUUGAAAAAUUACGCAGAGCAGGAAAGGGUGUGGCUCCUGAUUCAUCUGAGACUGCUGGUCCACAAAAUCCCUCAGAAGCAACAACUUAAUGAGAGAGCAAUUCAAAAUCAAAGAACGUGAACUCUCAACCAGCUGCCUCAGUUGCAAUUCAACAGGGAUGUCUAAGCCAUCAAAGAAUUCACCCUCAUCAGUAUCUCAGUGGGCGGUAAAAUCCCCACUGUCACCGGCUCUUGCAGCUUCAAUUGCAUUAGGAAUUGGAGCCCUUGCUUGGAUGUAUGCGUUAAAGCCGCUCGCAGAGAAUUCAAGAAUGUACAGAAACGAGCAAGAAGCUGAGAUAUUACUCCUGGCCUCUCAAAAACCAAAGCCUGAAAUUGUGGAUCAUUUUCGUUCCUAAAAACACGAAAUUUAUGGGUGUUUUUUUUUUCUUUCUAUCUAGUAAAUUUAUAGAGUACCUAGUUAUGAUAUUUUGUUUUGAGUUUUUAUUGUCUUUUGUGCCUAAACAAAGAGCACGUACAGCUUGAAUUUUUUUAAUCGUUUACGUGACAAGAGAUUUUCAUCUUUGCAAUGGACUUGUUCUGGCACAUGCACGAGGCAAAAGAAAAAAAAAAUAAACAAAUGAGAAAUACAA